AUGGCGCGGCUGUCGGGCCCCCGCUGCAUCGCCGCCCGUCACAUGGCCAAACUCCUAGGCAUUGACGCCGUUGACGCGGUGGUCGCGCGCUGUGUGCGCGACGUCGAGGCGAUCGACGUGCACACGCACCUCCUCCCGCCGACACACGGCAACCUCCUCCUUUGGGGUAUCGACGAGCUCCUCACCUACCACUAUCUGGUCGCCGAGCUGUUCAUGGUGAUGCCAUGCGUCUCUGAGGAGGACUCCGUCUCCGUCGGCGACACAGCUCCCUCGCCGGACGACUUUUACGGCUGGCCAAAGCCGCGGCAGGCGGAGCUCGUCUUUGAGGAGCUAUUUGUGAAGCGGACGCCGCUCAGCGAGGCGUGCCGCGGCGUGGUGACGACGCUCAGCCGACUCGGGCGCGGGGAGCAGCUUCGCGCGGCGGUGCGGCUCCCCUCGCGGCCGCGACUGACCGCGCUGCGCGACUGGUUCGCCGCGCAAGACGCGUCGGACCACCUCGAGCGCGUCUUCCGGCUGUCCAAGCUCAAGUAUGCAGGCGCGGGCGCGGCGGAGCGGAGGCGCGAGCCUGUGAACGGCGCAUCUUCACACACCAGCGGAGGCGGAGCACUGGACGGCGUCGCCGCAGCCGCCGCUGACGCCGCGGCUCAAGACGGCGCUGCGGGUCGACCCGAUGAGUGGGUGCGGCGCAUCCGCCCGAUCUACCUCAUGGCGUCGACGCCGGCGGGCUUCACGUACACGCCGACCGCAGCCGGCCCCGCGGCCGCGGAGCUGCUCGAAGGGGCGCUGCUGCGCGUGGCGAUGGAGGAGGGCCUCCCGCUGGCGCUCAAGGUGGGCGCGGUGCGCGGCGCGAACCCGGCGCUGCAGGCUGGCGGCGACGGCGUCGAGGUGUCGCGGCUCGACUGGCUGCGGACUCUCUGCGCGGGGUACCCGUCGGUCAAGUUCCUGGUGACGGUCCUCUCGGCGGUGAACCAGCACGAGCUGUGCGUGCUCGCGCGCAAGUUCGGGAACCUGCACGUCUAUGGCUGUUGGUGGUUCUGCAACAACCCCUCCAUCAUCGAGACCACCACGCGGAUGCGGCUCGAAAUGCUCGGCACCGCCUUCACCUGCCAACACUCGGACGCGCGGGCGCGAGACAGCAGCUCGCGACCCUCCGGCACUGCGCCCGCUCCCUCACGCCGCCGGCUAUUGCGCGCGCAGGUGCUCGAUCAGCUCGUGUACAAGUGGGCGCACUCGCGCGAGGCGGUGACGCCGGUGCUCGCCGCGCAGUACCGCAAGCUGCUCGAGGCGGGCUGGCUGCUGAGCGAGGCCGACGUCGAGCGCGACGUCGGCCUGCUCUUUGGGGGCGCGUACGAGGAGUUCCUCGCAAAGUGA